GACGGGCUUUCAUAUGGAGUAUCAGAGCAAGGUUUCGCCUCGCUGGCAGCGCGUUAGGGACGAUGACCGCAGACACGUCGCUCUGCGAUCCACCGAUGUGCCCUACCAGCAGAACUUCGAGCUGCGAAUACGGGCAGUUCAAGACGUCGACCUCGGUCUCUACCGAUGCGUAGACGUGACGGGAAAGAAUUCGGCCUCCGUCUAUUUAUCCGUUGACGAUGCGACGCCGGCGCCGGCAAAGGACCCGAGAAACUUCCAGCAGUGUUGCAGAGAACUAGGCAUCCACGUCAACUGCAUCCCGGCCUGCUCGUACGACUGGUGGCUAUCGCCGAGCGAGCUUCCCCGGGACGUGCUCGAGGGAUGCCUCUCCGGCGACGACAACUUCAACCUCGUAAAGCUGGUAACGUGCGCUGCAGACGGAAAGAACCACGAACCGUGUUGCGCGCGGAAGGGCGUUCCCGACUCGUGCCUCCCCUUCUGCCGUGGCGCGAUUCCCGUCGAACACCACCGAUUCAGGCACUGUCUCGUAUACUACGAGAAGAUGGCGACGUGCAUGAAGGAGGGGAAUUCCGUGCUGCCCGGUCCGCCGACGCAGUUGAUCGCGAGCCGGUGCAGACAACAUGGUGCGCCUGCACUGGGACGCGCCUCUCCACGGCUACAACUCGGACAGAGUGACCUUCUAUCAGGUGCUCUACCGCAUGGUGGGCGAUGCAGAGUUCACGCGACUACCGAGGAACAUCACGUCGCCGAGUUGGAGCGUCUCCGGUUGAAGCCGUCCACGCAGUUUCGAGUUCAUGGUGCAAGCCGGCAACGAGGACGGCCUCAGCCAGCCAUCCGCCGUCAUCCAGGUAGCAACAGGCACGGACACCAUACCCGAGAAGCCGCGCCGCAGCCGCGGCGGCGUGCGAAGGAGAGCGCCGGAUCGGUCACCUUCGAGAACCCUGGCUACGACAAGAACGCGGACGAGUCGGCGGAGAACGGUGGUCAUGGUAACGGAAACGCAGACGGUUGGUUCCGUCCCGAGCUCACGACGGGCACGACCGACGACGAGGCAGUCAUUGUCGAGAAUUCGUAUCCGGUCGAUCGUCGCAACCAAUCGCCGGCGCGCAAAACGAUCACGUGUACGAAUCGGUGGACGCCACCGCGAAACAAGAUGGCGACGAACUUGCAGCGGACAUUUGUCCAACACCCGAUAAAUCCAUCUGCGAGGAUGCAGAAACCCAAUAGGCGACAGGUUUGCGAGAUGCUUUUAGCGAGUGUAGUGUUUUUCCUUUGCACGCGGAUGCCGGUUGCUCAGGUAACCGGGGAGCCCACAGAUGCAGCCACGGAGACUGUCUCAAACAGGCCCGAUGUCCUGGCUUGCUGCGCGGCCAAUGGUGUCUCGGCGUAUUGCCAGCCGAAGAUCUGCUCGUUGGACCUAGAGUACGACGAUUUCGACAGGAAUACAACCGCUUGUCUGACGCAGCAUUUCGAUGUGCUUAUUACGUGUUUUGCUGAUGGCAGGGAUCACUCUAGUUGCUGCCGGUCGCGGGGUGUUGCUCACGAAUGUGUCAAGUACUGUGAUCUAUCGCUGCUGGUACCCAAGGAGGAGUGCAUAGUCGAUGCCUCUAAAAUCAAAUUGUGUUUCGAGGAGAAUUACGAGAUUCUUCCUGGACCACCGAUCAACAUUGCCGCGAGUAACAUCACUGGGUUCUCGGCCAUGAUAUCCUGGGACAAGCCAGCAAAGCUGGGAGAUAGCGUGACGUCAUACAGUAUCUCUUAUAAGGAUAUUCUCUACAGUCCGAGUUUCCGUAACACAGCUGAACCGUUCGUCACCGUUCACAAUGUCUCCUCACCACACGCACUUGCAGGGCUGGCUGGCGACUCUCUUCACAAGGUGUACAUGAUCGCUCGCAAUGCACACGGCAGCAGCCUACCGUCCGAUAUCCUACAAUUCCGCACGCAGGAGCUUCAGCCGUACGGCAACAACACGAUUCCCUUAACCUCUCUCCUGCCGGCCGAGCCUUCGGGAGAAAUCCCGCUCUUUCCGGACGAUACCGGUGACGACGGCCCGCUACUGGUGGCUGCACCGCUGCACAACGUGACGGCUUGCUGCGUCGCCGAGAACAUAUCCUCGCAGUGUCUACACCUGUGCACCUACGACACGCUUGUAGCCGACGUGAUGGCCGAUUUUGAGAUGUGUCGUAAAAACAUUUCCUCGCUGCUGCGCUGUUGGGUCGACAACAGGAAUCAUCGUCCAUGCUGCGAGCGACGCGGUCUGUCGCCAGUCUGCGCUAGAAUGUGCGCCGGUACUAGACCUCGCAGAGGUUUCUCCGUGCGUCGUUGCGGCAACGUCAGUGAGGAAGUGUUACAGUGCUUCAAGGAGGGCCUUAACACGUUGCCUAAGCAACCGACGAACGUCCAACUUCAGCGAAUCAACACGACCUGGCUGGAGCUGGCGUGGACCGCACCGAUAGACAGUCCGGGAAACAUCACACAGUAUAAUGUCUAUCUCUACCAUGCAAAUUCCAUUUCUAGCCUGAUCGAUCUACACACGAACAAUUCUUUCGUCUUGACCGCGGUACCGCCAAACAUUACCUCGUGUACACUGACCGGCUUGCAGCCCGGCCAGAAGUACUUCUUACAAGUGCAAAGCGUCAACGGAUAUGGCACCAGCAUGCCGACGUACGUGCUCGAAGCUUGGACAUUGCAAUUAACUCGAGAUCCUAAUCGAGACCUUCUUCCUCAGAGACUGCAUGUCACGAAGGCGGGCGUGGCGUAUCUCACCAUCUCGUGGCGUCCUCCGAAGAAAGACACCCCGGAUUACAUCGUCAUAAAUUAUCGGAAUAUUACCGUCAAGUCGCCGCUCAAUGGGUCCAUAGACGCCAACUCAACUGACGAUGACGAUGACGUCCCUACUGGAGGCGAUGUCAUUAGCGUUGGAAGCUGGCGACAAAUGAACGUAUCCGCCGGCAAGACAGAUGCCACCAUCGAAGGACUCGUUGCCGAUACGAAGUACGAAAUCUACACUUCGUCUGUAAUCGCUGGGAAAGUCAUCGACGGCAAGCAGGCGCACAUUUUUCCCCGAACUCUUGUAAAGGUUUCACCUUUUGCAGCCAUCAUCGUUCAGCCUGCAAACGGUGAGCGCAUAUGGACUAUUGCGGGCAUGGCUAAAACCAUACGCGUUCCGGAGUACACCAGCGUGCUGUUCAAAUGCCAUUCCCAUGGAACGCCAGACCAGCGUCUCGCUGCUAUUCGGCAAUGUGUCUCGUUCCAACUCAUCGGAACGCCGAUUACUGUUAAAAUUGGACGUUCGUCGAUCCGACAUAGGAAACGCGAAAUGUGUUGCCGUUAACGGCGUGCCGCCACAAUCGGUGGCGAUUAUAGGUCUGGAGUGAUAUUCGGGCCGAGAUUUGAACCCGUACAAACGCAAGUAACGAAGAAAAUCGGCGAAGCGGCCGAACUGAAAUGCAUCAUAUCGGUGUACCCGUCGGCGCCCGAGGGAACCUUCGUGUGGGAAUACCAGAGCAAGUUCUCGUCGCGAUGGCAACGCGUCGCCGGUGACGUCACGCUGCGAGCCACCGACCUGCCUUACCGGCAAGCUUCGAGCUGCGAAUAAGGCGGUGCAGGACAUCGACCUCGGUCUAUACAGAUGCGUCGACAUUACAGGACAAACCGCCGCCUCGGUCUACCUGGCCGCCAACGACGCGACGCCGGCUCCGGCAAGAGACCCGAGAAAUUUCCGCCAGUGUUGCAUCGAGCAGGGUCUACACUCCAGCUGCAUGCCGGCGUGUUCCUACGACUGGCUGUCGCCGGACGACCUCCCCGCCGGCGUGCUGGAGACGUGCAUUCUCUCCGCCGACGACGAGCACCUCGCGAAGCUGGUCACGUGCGGCGCCGACGGAAAGAAUCACGAGCCGUGCUGCGCAAAGAAGGGCAUCCGUCAAUGUGCCUGCCGCUGUGUCGCGGCGUCACGCCGCCGGCCGAUCUCACAUCGUGCCUGCUCUACACGAGAAGAUGAUGACGUGUCUGCGUGACGGGCGUCACACUGCUGCCCGGUCCGCGAGCGUCGUGCACGGGCGCGCCGUCGUUCCCGGAACGGUGUCCUUGAACUGGCAAGCUCCCGACGACUGGCUGAAUCCGGACAAGGUCAGCUUCUAUCACGUCUUCUAUCGCAAGCGCGGCGACGUCGUGUUUCAUCGUCUCUCGCAGAACAUCACCGCCUUGGCAUGGAGCGUGGCCGGAUUGGAUCCGGGUACGGAGUACGAGUUCCAGGUCGAAUCCGUCAACGUGCAGGGUCAUAGUCUUCCGUCUGAUCUUAUCGGGUCAAGACAUACAGCGGAGUGCUGGUGGGGGGUCUAC